GUCGUCACUUCUGUAUUGGCCUCGUGUGUUUCAGCCAAACCCCGCCUUGCAUGGCGAGAAUCAGUCAAAAGUACAUGUUAGCACCUGAGGGUGAUCUUCACAGAAACUCCUAAAGGCCUCAAAGAACUCAUUUUAGGCAAAACAAGUGCAAUAAGUUGUUCUGAUAAAGUAAAAUGGAUCCUUGUUCAGUUGGAGUUCAGCUUCAAGCUACCAAUGAGUGCCAUAAGACCUAUUACACCCGUCACACUGGCUUCAAGACUAAGCAAGAUGUAUCUUCAUCUGACCUGCUGUUGCUUCAGCUCAGGACUGGAAUAACCCUUUCAGAGAACAACACAAUCUGCUUCCACCACGCGAAAAUUUACAUUGAGAGAUUCGAAGACUUACAGAAAUCAUGUUGUGACCCCUUCAACAUACACAGAAAACUGUCCAAGAAAAACUUACGAGCCAUUGAUAUGGAUGAUGCAGCUUUUCUCAGUGCCAAGUUUGGGAGGCAGUUUGUGCCCGGUUGGAAGCUGUGUCCCAAAUGUAUGCAGAUAAUAAAUGGAAGUGUGGAUGUUGAACCCGAAGAGCGACAAAGAAGAAAACUGGAUCCGGACGGACGUACAGCCAAGGCUUUAAAGUCUCUGCAGUUUGCUAAUCCAGGGCGACAGACUGAGUUCACUCCUGAGACCAGUAAGAGGGAGAAAAGAAGGCUGCAAUCAAAAAUUGCAGCAUUUAAUUCAGACAGGCAAGUUAUACCAGCCAAGAGCAAAGUCUAUGACAGCCAGGGGCUGCUGCUUUACAGUGGGAUGGACCUCUGUGACUGCCUGGAUGAAGAUUGCCUGGGGUGUUUCUAUACUUGUCCCAAGUGCGGCUCCAACAAGUGUGGGGCGGAAUGUCGCUGUGACCGCAAGUGGCUCUACGAGCAAAUCGAGAUAGAAGGAGGGGAAAUAAUCAGAAAUAAGCAUGUGGGUUAGUGCAUGUGUGCAUUAUUUAAUCCUGAGCUUGUAUUCCAUGCUUUGGUUAAACACGGCGCAUUCAUCAUUUAGUAAUUUAAUGAAAUGGAAUUUGUGACAAUCCGCAAGAUUAAUGUACUCACUUUCACAGUCAUUUUCCGUAUGAUUAUGGAGAUAAUUGUGCUGCUCUCUCUUCACACUUUAUUCUGCAAUGCAUUCAGGCUUUUUAGUCACCCAGGUAGGAUCCUACUGAACAAUCACUGUAUUUAAACACAAGGUGCUAAAUCUUAAUGUGAUCUAUCUUGAGCCACUCACUCAUGAAAUGUACCAUCUCCAUGUAUCCCUCUUUUUUUCCUUCUCUAGAUCAGGAUCUUAUGGGUUUUAUGUGAAAUACUGAAAGUUCUGAAUUAAUUUACAUGCAGUAUUAAUAAAGCUCUCUCCAGUAUUAAUAAUGAAUGCUGCAUCUUUACUAUAGAGUAUCUGAUUAAUCUGAUUAAUCCAAUCCUACCCACUUGGAAAGGAUUCAAAAGCAUUUAGGUGUUCAGAUUCCAUGCAGGCUACUGGGAUUUGAAGUCAAGUUAUCCUUAUUAAUUCAAGCCUCACUGUUAAAAUACUGGAAUUAAACUACCAAGGCAUUGUAAAAUAUGUUAAAGUAUUAAUUAUGGCACAAAAGUUAUUAUUUUGUUGGUUUCUGUAUAACACAAUGAAAAUAAUUUUGCUCUGUUUGUUAUCAGUCUGUAAUUGGACUGAACUAAUAGUCCAACAGCCCUCUACCCUUUCUUUUCCUCUUUUUACUUGUUUUUAAGGUGAAGGUUUAUAUGCAGCUGAAAUAAAUUUGAGUUUCUGUUCCCACACCAAGGAUAGCUAGACUGUUACAAAAAAACCCACAGUCGAAUUGAAAUUAUCUUUAGUUGAUACAUUAUUUGUCCUCAGAGUAUUAAACUCUUACGAUAUAACAAGGUUUAUGGAAAAGAGAUCUUACAAGUGAAAUCUUAGUAAUAUUGUUAUUCUUGCUAUUUUUGUUGCAUUUUGAAUAAAUUUCCUAUUUCUGUGCUAGACUUGGAAGAUCUGCAUGUUUUAUUUGUCACAUUUAUUCAAGAAUACUGUUAACUAUUGAUUUCUAAAGACUCAUUUGGUGAAGUUGUAUAAUCUUUCUAUUUCUUCAGCAUAUUUUCUUUUCUGGUAAGUGUCAUGAACAUUGCAUCACCAAAAUCCAAAGUUGCUUUGAGUUCUACUGACAUCUGCUGGUCCUGGCAGAGUAUAAGAACCAACUUACACUACAUUUUUAUUAAAUCUGUUAUAAAAAUAAACAGACUUCCUUUUUG